AAAAUGUUAAUUGAAAAAUUAGGUUUAACGAUGUCUUCAAGUAAAACUAAGAUUUGUGUUUUUAAAAAAGGAUGCUUUAGAAGAUUAAUUAAUUUCGAUUUUGACGGCACUUCGAUUGAUGUUGUCAAUAAUGUAAAAUAUCUAGGUCUCUGGCUGGAUAGCUCAUUAAGAUGGGGUAAGCAUAUUAAUGAAACCUCACAGAAAGUCAUAAAGUACAUUAAUUUACUUAAAAUUUUAUCAGGUCCGGGAUGGGGAGUCCAUCAAAAACAUUUAAGACGUUUGUAUAUUUCCAUAAUUCGUAGUAGAAUUGAUUAUGCCAGUUUUUUAUUUGAUAACAGCUGCAACUCUAAAUUAAUUAAAUUAGACCGAAUACAAAAUCAGGCGCUACGCGUUAUCGGCGGAUUUAUACGGAGCACCCCAAUACAUGUAAUGGAAAACGAGUUAUGUCUACCACCACUUCAUAUUCGUCGUAGAUACCUAGCCAGCAAAUUCAUUUUAAAAUCAAAAUCUCUUGUUAACAAUAAAACCUUACAAUCGCUAGAAAAUCUUUCACUAUUCACAGGUUCCAACUAUUGGCAACACAAAAAGUUGCCGUUACUUAUUGACAUUCUUUCACAGUAUAACUCUACUCCUAUACACUCUAGUACUCAACUUGGAAUGUUUUCCCUCGAUAAGUGGAUUAGUAGCAUAGAUUUGUCCCAUAUAAUCAGUGAUAAAAUUCCUAGUAUAUCUAAAGCUAAACGUCAUUACAGUAUUAUACAGCUAAAACAAUUAUGUACUUCAUAUAUACAAGAACAGUAUCCAGAUUAUCAUACAAUUUUUACUGACGGUUCCAAAGAUAAAGAUUUGGGAGGCGCAGCCUUUUUGGAUCCGAUUCUAAUAAGUCAUAUGAAGAUUAAGAUUGAUUCAGAUAUUUCUAUUAUGCAUAUUGAACUGAUUGCUAUAUUGGAAGCCUUAUCCUAUAUUCUAUCAGUCAGCGGUGAUAAAUUUGUGAUUCUGACAGACUCCAAAAGUUCGCUGCAACAUUUGGCUCGAAACACUUCUCACAUGCGAGGUAUUCCGACAGCCUACGCCAUAUAUGAAUUAAUCUUAAAACUUCAAUCUAAUUCCAAAAUGGUACGUCUCCAAUGGAUUCCGUCACAUGUUCAAUAUGAAGAAAAUGAUGUGGUAGAUAUGCUUGCCAAACAAGCGUGUGUUGAUGGUGUUCCCAUGAAUAUUACCCCACUGUUUUCGGACUAUUUUGGAAGAGCAAAAAAUAAGUGUUUCGAUCUUUGGCAGGAGUAUUUUGAUGAAAGAUCAAAAGAAAAGGGGAUCUGGUAUCGAACUAUACAGCCAGAGAUUUCUCGGGUUCCGUGGAUUGACUGCGACCUUAAUAAAAAUUUAAUGACUAUCGCCUUAAGACUCCGUUCCGGACAUAUUCCAUCAAAUAAGUUUAAUUAUUUAAUGAAAAAAGUUCCGUCACCAUGCUGUGAUUCAUGUGGAGUGGUUGAUGAUGUCCUUCAUAUUUUGAUGGAAUGUGCCCGGAAUGAAAAUACUAGGGUUAGUAUUUUUGGUCCGCAAAGAGUGAAUGACAUUGGCCUUUGUAACUCCAUGCUUGCUUUUCCAGUGUCCGAUAAAGCACAACACUUGUACAAAUUAGUGAUAAGUAGAUCGUAAGCUAGUAAUAAGUAACCAAACUUUGUUUUUCCUGCACUGGGCGAUAUGGUCGCCAAGCGACAAAGCCCUUUAAAUAAAUAAAAAAAAAAAAAAAAA